AUCCCCAAUCUGCCAUGCAGGAACUCUCAAUCAAACUAUCCCCAUUGACAGAUGGCUGUCCAGCCUUUGUUUAAAGACCUCCAAGGAAGGAGAUUCCACUACACUCCGAGGCUUUAGGGUCUCCAGAAGUUGGAAUUACUAGUAGACACACAGCAACAACAACAACAACGAGGUUGGCUUUAGGAUCUCCAUAAAUUGGAAUUACUUGAAGAAACACAACAAUGGCCUUAGGGUCUCCACAAUUUAGAAAUGACUUGAAGACACAGAACAACAACAAACAAGGUUGGCCUUAGGGUCUCCAUAAGUUGGAAGCUACUUGAAUGCACACAACAACAACAAACACAACCAAGAAGAGCCAAGAUGGUAUAGUGAUUUAGAUUAGGAGGCCAGAGUUCGAAUCCACACUCAGACAUUGAAACCCACUGGGUGAUUCUGGGCAAGUCCCACUCUCUCAGCCUCAGAGGAUGGCCAUGGGAAACCCCUGCCAAGAAAACCCCAUGACAGGGUUGCCAUAAGUCAGGAGUGACUUGAAAAUUGAUAACAGCAACGAACUACAACCAAAAUCUGUAUCACGAGGUGGCCAUUUGUCCAUCCGUCCGUCCAUCCUUCGUCGUGACAACGCUGACCCAUUGCACCCAGGUCCAUGACUUCUUACCCGCAAAAGCCGCUGCCUGCAAGCAUGCUUCCGGCAUGCACACAACAGCACACUCCAUGAUGAAAUGGAUGGUGGGUUGGGAGAUGCUCGGGGUGAACAGGACGCAUGCAAGACGGUUGGGGAAGGUUACAACUCUUGCGGGUCGGACGGAAAGGAUGACGUUUCCAAAAAUAUAUGUGUGUGUCCAAGAUCCGCGACAGUGCAAAAUGUCAACUCGGCAGCACAACAAACAAUAUUGUGGUGUUGAUCGCACUGUUCAUUAACUGGACUUGUACAAAAGUUAACCAACAUGUGUUUGCAGUAUGCUCUGUGUUCUAAUCAUUCUCUUUCUGCAACUUAAGUCACUGGGUCCCAAACUUUGGUCCUCUGGCUGUUUUCAACUCCAGCUCCCCAAAGUCCCAAAUAUCUGGAGGACCAAAGUGUGUGCAUCACUCCCUGAAGCCUGCUUUGCUUUGCUUUGCUUUUGUGGGAUUUCCAUCCACUGAUUUUCACUGGCUUUUGCUUGUUUUUAAAAGCUGUGUUUGAGGACUAAUACCUUGCUGACGCUCUGCAAGGGUUUUUUUUAAAUGCAAAACAGGGCUUCCGUGAGCGUGUUUUUGCACUUGGGCCAGAGAAGAUCUUACAAAAAAUAUUAGGAAUUGCAGCCUCUGGGAAUUUCUUUUGACGCUUCAGAAUUGCCCUGUAAUAGUUUCCAAAGGCGUAUCCAGACGCAAAUCUGUUGCCGCAAGGAACACCAGAGUCCUGUGUUGCUUUAAAGACUAAAUACAGACCACGGCUCCUGCUGUUGAAAGUUAUGAAGCCAUACUCACAACUAUAGAGAGCCAGCAUGGUGUCACAGUUUGGGUGUUGGACUACGACUCUGCAGAUCAGGGUUCAAAUCCCAGUUCAGCCAUGGAGCCCACUGAGUUACUUUGGGCAAGAAGCCCCACUCUCUCAGCCUCAGAGGAAGGCAAUGGCAAACCUCCUCUGAACAAAUCUUGCCAAGAAAACCUCAGGAUAGGGUCCCCUUAGGGUCACCAUAAGUCGGAAACAAUGCAGAGAUGCAUACCUUUCAACAUUGAAUUAAAGAUCUAACAUCUUGUCUGAGAUUUAAAGAUACCAGCCAGAGUUCUCCUCUUUGUUUGUCUGAGCCGAAAUCUGAUCACGGCAACAAAGGAGAAGUAAUUCUCUACUAGAAAAGUAAGAUAACCACAAUAAUAUUUGCUUUCCUUCUUAACAUCAUUGUUUUCUGGAUCUUUCGGUUGUUAGAGGAAGUGAAGUUUACAGCAAAAAUAGAAUUCAAUGUUUCGUUGAAUUGCAAAAUCUUUGCGUCUCCUUUUCAUUCUGCCACCAAUGUGAGAUUUGUUUUUGGUCGCUUUAUUUCGCAUUUUUAAAAAACAGGAUUGCAGAGAAUCGAGCGGUUAUCUAAAUCUUUUUAACUUUUUCUGUGCGUUUCGAACCAGAAUUUGGGAGGGUUCCCUUUUUGUUUUUCGGAUGACGACUCCCAGCAUCCUCCAUCCAUCCAUUUGUUCAAAAAGCCACUUCUGUUAGCCUUCUUUAAAACAUUUGAAACCUUUCAAACCUAUCAAAUCGUUGUACUUUGGGUUCAAAACAUGUUUUUUGGAGCGGCGGGAGCAAUUCUGUAUACAUUGUUUUGCCUUAAAGUCAUCUCCGGUUUGUGGCGACUCUUUAAUGGGUCUCAUAAUGCAUAAAUAGUUCAUCAUUCAUAAUAGUUCAUAGUUCAUGGACUGCCCUAAUGGUUGACUUAAGAUGCCUUGCUUCUGUUAUGGUGGUUUUAAAUGAUUUUAAUUGUAUUUUACAAUGUUGGUUGUAUUGUAAUUAGGUGGAUUUGUUUCAAGGAAGGGGAGAUGAUAGGAUUUACUUUAUUGUGUUCUAUGUUUUUAUUGAUGGAAGCCGCCUCAAUCUUAUUGAAGAGGUAGAAUAGAAAUACAUUUUAUUACUGUUAUUAUUAUUCAUGAUACCAUAGAAAGAUGAGCCGUUGCAAGAAAAGAGGAAAAGCAGUUAAUAUAACCAAAUGCAGACCGAUUACAAGAAUAAAUUGUUUGCCUUCCAUCCGGUUGGAACAAGAUCGAGUUCUUUGCCUGUGAUUUCAUAAGAAGCGGCAUUCUUUACUCGUUUUUUUCCCCAUCUGUUUUUCCUUCCAUUUGUUCCUGACAGCUCUCUAAACCAAUCGCUCUGUGUACUUCUCGAGAAGAGAAUAAUGACUCUGCGUUUUGUUUCUCCUUCUCCUUCAUCUUGUGGUUUUGAGGUGGUGCGGUGUGUGUGUGUCCCUUUUUGCUCAUGCUCAAGGUGUGGCGUCCCACGUCAGACGGACCGUGACUCAUUUUUAGCCGCCAAAGUCUGAGUGGCAGAGAGCGCCUGAGACCGUCUUAUAAAAGAGCUGGAAGCAGACGGCUUCGGCAGACAGAGAGGGAGGCAGACGGAGGACAAAGCCCCUGAGGAAGAAAGGAAAAGUUGUCCCUCGAAUCCCAGCCGGCGCAGCAACCUCUCCGUCUCCAAAUGGCUCAGAAGAUGAUGCUCCUGGGUCUCCUCCUGGCUUUGUGGCUAGCCCUGGCCAAGGCGGCCACCCUGGCUCCCAAAGGAGAUGAGGCUGAGAAGCCACCUCUUCAACCCUUCGACGACGACGUCCUCCAACAGCAAAUCGCUCCGGAUGAGAUCCCACUGGAGUUUCUCUUCCAGAAAGAAAUCGACUUGGGAGAAGGUCUUGACCUCCCCGUCCUGAUCCAUGGGGAGCCCCAGGUCAGUCUGUCGGGCCCGAUUGGCCCCAGGGCAAGGCGGCCUAGUGGGUGCUUCAACGGUCUGCUCUGCACCCGGGCAGCCCCCCUCUACAGACUGGACGAAUUCCCCCCUGCCCGCCCCACGACCAGAAACAUCGGCAACAUCUGCAACCAAGGGCGGAAGAAGCUCUCUUACGGGCCGUGGAACUUGCCCCAGACCAGCUACAGCCAUCUUUCCCGCCAAGGAGAUGCCCUCAACAACCUGGAAGCUGGGGUUUCCGAGUGCUGUCAGCUGGAGGACGAUGAGGAGAAACUACCCUGCUGUGCCGCAGUGUGGUCAGAUGUCUUGGAGAAGUUCUGCGACACUGAAUUCUCUAUAAAGACGAGGCCGUACCACUGUUGCAAGAUGAGGGGUCUCCAUCGGGAGCGCUGCUUCGUCAAAGAGGCCACUUUCCUGGAUUACGACUUCAAGAACCAGACCUUUCCAGAGGAGGAGCCGUACCAGAUUCCCUCCGGCUACAAGGAGGAGAAGAACCUGAAGAUCUCCUUCCCUCCCGGACAGCCCACCAAGGAAAACAUGAAGAACAUUUGCCAGCUGCGCAAAUUCCGGAAUUCCGUCUUGGCGGCAACCAGCCUCCCACUGUCACAUUUUGGAUGGUUCGUGCGCCAAGCCAAGGCCCUGAAUCGCGUGGAGAAGGAGUUCAAGAAGUGUUGCCGGAAGGAGGAUAUUGGGUGCGCCCGCAAAGGGUGGGAAAAAGCCCUCACUCAGUACUGCAGGCAGGAGUUCUCGGUGAAGACCAGGCCCCACAUGUGCUGCAAAGAGGGUGAAAUGGACGCCCGAUUCAACUGCUUUAACAACCUGGCCCCGUACCCGGCCUACGACAAGGAGAUCAAGUCGGUCAGCCUGGCGGACAUCACUUCGCCCCUCCUGGACUCGCUCUGCGGCCAGUUCACGCUUCUGAGCAAGGGGAGACAGAUCCCUGCUCUCAUCCAGAACAUCACAGAACCCUGUUGCCAACUGCAAGGCAGCGAGAGAAUUGACUGUGCCAAGGAAGAGAAAACCCAGUUUAUCGCCAAUCUUUGCGGCACUCAGAGAAAGAGCUGGAAAGACCCCGAAAGCUGUUGCGCCAAAGAGGAAAAUGAAGUUCGUGAAAGCUGCUUCAACUCCAACUACCUGAGCAAUGUGGCUCUGGCCAGCGUUGAACAAGCUACCGCCAUGCCGACAGAGCCCGCCGUAACAGUCCAGCCAGAAUAAUUGCCGCUAAAAAGCUAAAACCCACCUCGUUCUUCCCACCUCCUGGCCUGUCUUUCCAUUUCCAGAGAGCUCCCUUUCCCUAUAUAGGGAAUGCGUUAGGUCCCUUCUCGGCCCAAGACCUCCCUGACUUCUAGAAGGGGCAUUAAGCUCUCUGCAUUGCCACUCAAAGAGGACCUUGAAAAAAUAAAUCCUUUCAUUGCCCUUUAUCUUCGUCAAUAGUAGCUGCAGAUAAGGCAUGUCUGAGAUUAGCUGUAGAACAGUUAGAAUUAGUUAGAUCAGUUCGAAUCAGAACAGUUUAGAUCAGUUAAAAUAGUCAGGACAUUUGGAAUUAGUUAGAACAAGGGUUGUCCAAAACCUGAGACAAGGUUCUAGACCCACCCCAUUUGAGGCCACCAGAAGUGAAAGUGCGUCCAUUACUGUCACCUUUUGGGUUUUUCUGGGAUGGAGGUGUUCUUGGUUGUUUUAGGAUCGGGAGAUCCUCAAAAUAACAUUGCACCACCCUGCAAAAUUGUUCGGGACGAUUUUGUGGGGUUUAUUCAACCUCCGGGUGAGGAAAAAUGCAGGGCCCAGGGCCAUGCCCUACAUGCCCCACAAGGCCCAGCCCUGUUCUAACACUUCAUUCCUUUCCGCUGUCGGAAAGGAAGCGCUCUGGUUUUGCUUCCACACGGAAAUAUUUUUAGGAUGGAUGGAAAGAAGCAAAGGAGGAGGAGAUAGUUUUUUUUUCUCUUGCCAUUAGAUAUCUCUCCCAGUUGCAACACUUUUGCAAACUGGGAGGAUUCAUUGCCUUCCCUCCAAACUGGGAUGCCUCCUGAUCUCCGCAAGAUCUUUAGGAGCAUGUGUUCCCUUGUGCUCUGCACCAUGCCUUCCAACAUUUCACGGAUGAAAACAAGGACAUGUGCAUCCAGUGUGAUCCAGGUGGCUAAAGUUGUUAAUGAACAAGAAUAGAGGAGUGAGGAGAAGGUGCAGCAGUUUGUUUUUGCUUGAGCCUCCUGGGAAGGGAGAGACUCUGAUCCUCCCAUCUCUGAAUGGAAAGGAAACUGCUUUUGCAUUUUGAACUCAGUUUGCAGCACAUUAAGUAAGCUGAAGAUGAAAGGGGAAGAAGUAAGAGGAACUGGGACAUUUUAUAAGCGGCUGAAAAAGUGGGAAGGCAGAAGAUUAGUCCGGAAUAUCUCCACCAAAUUGGGACAGUGUGCUUUAUUCUGUAUUCCACUGUCCAAAGAGGAGUGUCUCCAUUUGGAUCUGUGUUGAAGCAAAACACAGAAGGCUGCUCUCCAAAUGGGUAUCAAUGCCUUGCUUUUGAAGGAGCGAUCGGAGGAAGAAACCCAAGACCUGAAGGAAAGGAAGAAUAUUUGUUUCUUCUGAGCAUCUUUUCUGCUGAGCUUAGUGGAGAUGCCUGCAAACACCUCAAAAUGAAAGAAGGGGUGCGGAGGAGGAAGUUAUUAACUUGCCCAAAUGUUGUACGUGGCGACGCUUGGCAGGAGAAAGCUCUGUUGGGAGGCAUUUUGUUCUGCCAUUUGUCUUUCUCUUGCAUUUUGACCUCCAUUGUACAUUCCGCAUUGAUGCUGCGGUUCUCCAAAGUGCGCUUAGUCAAAAUCUUUGUCGGAAGCAAAACGCUUUCUAACAAUAAACCACUUUUGAGGAAAACUAA